ACAUGGGUUGGAGGAGGUUACAUCAAUGGAACAGCAGAAGCUGUGUAUGUCCCAGGCUAUGGUCUAGCCUGGGCUCAGGCACCUAUCGGAUAUUCCCUUAGUCUGGUUUUAGGUGGCCUUUUUUUUGCAAAACCUAUGCGAUCCAAAGGCUAUGUGACAAUGCUAGACCCUUUUCAGCAGCUUUAUGGGAAAAGGAUGGGAGGACUACUGUUUAUUCCAGCUUUAAUGGGAGAAAUGUUUUGGGCUGCUGCCAUCUUCUCUGCCUUAGGUGCCACUAUAAGUGUGAUCGUUGACCUUAACGUCAACAUUUCAGUCAUUAUUUCUGCCCUGAUUGCAACUAUGUACACACUUGUGGGUGGGCUUUAUUCUGUGGCCUAUACUGAUGUAGUUCAGCUCUUUUGCAUCUUCCUAGGACUGUGGAUCAGUGUACCCUUUGCAAUGUCCCAUCCUGCAGUGACAGACAUUGGGUUCACGGCCGUGCACCAGGUGCACCAAGAACCUUGGCUUGGAUCUGUCAACUCACUUGACAUUUACACAUGGCUGGACAAUUUCCUUUUACUGACAUUAGGAGGAAUCCCAUGGCAAGCGUAUUUCCAGCGAGUUCUUUCCUCAUCUUCUGCCACAUAUGCUCAGGUUCUGUCAUUUCUAGCUGCUUUUGGCUGUCUUGUGAUGGCUCUUCCUGCAGUUCUCAUUGGUGCAAUUGGAGCAUCCACAGCCUGGAAUGAGACUGGGUAUGGAGUCCCUGACCCUAUGUCUAAAAAAGAAGCAGAUAUGAUUUUACCAAUUGUGCUCCAGUACCUUUGCCCAGUCUAUAUCUCGUUCUUUGGCCUCGGCGCUGUUUCUGCUGCUGUGAUGUCAUCAGCUGACUCAUCAAUUUUAUCAGCAAGCUCUAUGUUUGCUCGGAACAUUUACCAGCUUUCCUUCCGGCAAAACGCUUCAGACAGGGAAAUCGUGUGGGUUAUGAGAAUCACUGUUUUUCUGUUUGGAGCAUCAGCAACAGCAAUGGCACUGCUAGCUUCAUCAGUGUAUGGCCUGUGGUACCUCAGCUCUGACCUUGUUUAUAUCAUCAUAUUCCCCCAGCUCCUGUGUGUGUUAUUUGUUAAAGGAACCAACACCUACGGUGCCAUUGCAGGAUACUUAUUUGGCCUUGUUCUCAGAAUAACUGGAGGAGAACCGUACCUCUACCUUCAGCCCUUGAUCUACUAUCCUGGCUGCUAUCCAGAUGAAAAUAAUAUCUAUAUCCAGCGAUUCCCAUUUAAAACACUUGCUAUGCUUACCUCCUUCUUUACUAACAUUAUAGUGUCCUACUUAGCCAAAUACUUAUUUGAGAGUGGGAUUUUGCCACCAAAGCUGGAUUUCCUUGAUGCUGUUGUUGCCAGGUACAGUAGAGAACACAUGGACAAAGCAACUCUUGUAAAAAGUGACAAUAUUGUAUUAAACGAACUUGCACCUGUGAAUCCACGACACAGUCUAACUUUGAGCUCAACUUUCACAAACAAGGAAGCCUUCAAUUAUGUUGAUUCGAGUCCAGAGCUGUCCAACACUGAAGAUAAUUAAAAAAUCUGUUAGCCACAGGCAAAGCAAUGUGAAUCAGGAUAUUCUACAAAGAACAGUGAGAGGAAUUUUAUCAGAAGAAAAGCAAAAACUGGAAAUAAAAUGCCACUGCACAAUUCUUUAAUUUGUUUCUAGGAGCAGGAGCAUCCCAUGGGAGGAACUCUUUUCUGUUAUUAUCUAACGUUGGAUUAGAUCAUACAGUGUUUACCAAAAGAUACACUCAGAUCGCAUUCUUUUCACCCAGGACUGUAUGCUGUGUAAUUUAAAAAGUAUUUACAAUUGAAAAUAUACGUAGCAGAAAAAGUGCAGCAGUUAUUUAGCUAGGACAUCAUAUGAAGAGAUUAUAAUCCAGUCACUCUGAAAUACUAUCAGUCAACAUUUUAUUGGCAUUAAGUGAAAAUAUAUUAUCACAGCUAAAAGUGAUUUAUUACUAAAGAGCUAGUUGCUUGAGCAAAGACAGAUAGAUAACUUCCCUGGGGUUUUGGUCUGGUCAUUUUUUUCCUCAUAAAGAAAUUCAAAUAACACAAUACAGUAUUUUAUUAUUUGAAAUGCACAGACAGUGAUAAAUUCCUUGUAGGAGUGCUAAACAUCAUAUACUAAUUAAAAAAGUUAAUAUUAAGUCAGUUUCAAAUUAUGUUAUACCAAACGCAAGACAACCUUAGACAAAGUAUGUUACUAUAGGUGUUCUUUUUUUCCUGUGGUUAGUGGCUGUCACCAAUAGAGGAUAACAAAAUUUUUAAAGCAAUAAUUGGAGUUGAAACUUAGAUUGUGAAUAAUUACAUAACUCUUAGAACUUUUCAACGUUGAGAAAAGAAACCUUAUCUUGACUUAACAUCAAAAUGAACACUGAGCAAAGAAGUCUGACACAAAGCAACUUGCAGCAAUGGAACAAAUACUAAAAAAUAAGGAGAGUCAAGAAGGCUUGAAAAAACAGAUGAGAGGGUUUUCCAUGGGGAAAAUUCCCAUUUUUCACUUAAAAAAAAUAUUCUCAAAGACAUCGAGCAGUCUUUUGGGUUGAUCUUGCUAGGAUUACUAUGAAAGUGUAGAUUUUCCAUGGAAAAUCACAUUUUCUCAAAAAUUGGAUUUCCCAUGGGAAAAAUAGGCUUGCUGGGCAGCUUUCCAAAUCUUUAACUGUGCACCUCCAAAAGCAGCAGCAGCUUGGAGGAGAAAGGAAAGCCGAACCCACAUGCUUAGUGAAAGGCACAGCAGUGUCUUCCACUACAUGCUGCACUCUGUCAUUAACAGCCAUACUCCUGGGUGGUCACGGUGACUCUGCAGAGCACCGGCAGUGGCCAGGCGCAGACGAGACUUCACUCAUGAAUGGCAACGCUGGCCAGAAGAACCAAAUCAGGGAGAUGAGGCCUCUUCUGACUUUGUCCUGGCCAGCAGGGAACAUGCAAUGUUGUUUCCAUUUGCCCAUGGCCGAGAUGAUUGUGUCUGUCCCCAUUGGUACGUGCCUUUCACAGUGGGAGAUCUAAUAGCUAGACUUCUGUACAAUUAAGGGUUAUGCUCCUAUAAUUCUUUUCAAUAUCUACACAUGACACAAAACAUUCAGCUGAAAUCCAGAUAUCCUCCUGUUGUUGGUCACUGGUGAAAUUUCUUCUUUAACAUUCACAGCACGAGGAGCUAUACUGGAGGAUAGGAGAUGUAAGAAUAGGUUUUGCUGCUAAAGGAAGAAGCCAUCAACUUGUGCAUUCAAUGUUGACAGAAACUUUCACAAGGUUGAAUCCUUAGAUAUGUUUUUGCUCCUUUUGUGGAGUUUUAACAGCAUAUAUCUAUUUUAUACAUAGGGAAAAUUAAUUUUAGAGAUGUUUGGGGUUUUUUUCUCCAUACACUGUGUUUAAAAAUAACACUGCAUCUCAGUUUUGAAUAUGCAUUGUGAACUACGAUACUACUGUGCUAACAAAUAUUGAGUGUGCUCUGGGUGGAGCGAAUCAAAUUCAGGAUCAGCACUAAAAAGCCAGAAAGGCCAAUAUAACAAAGAAAUUAAAAAUUCCUAUGGGGUGAAUGAACGAGCCACCAAUUAAAUUUAGGGUGCCGAAGAUCUCACAAACUAACUGGAUGUGAGCCCUGCGGUAUCCAUUCCCUCAUGAUCCAUGGAAAAGAGAAUAGGAAAAGAGAUAUGGAAGAAAGAGAGGGGAGAACAGAGCCACUGCUGAAUUGUUAUACAGUUCUGGCCCAAAUCCAAUAGCCUGAAUCCUUUGUUAAGAGAAAAUAUCAAGGCACAGUUUUGCCUGCUUACAUAACCAACACCUUACAUUACAGUUCCAAACUAAGUUACGGGAUUUACAGCCACCUGUAGGACUUCUGAAAUUUUUCACUUCAAUUUUGUCUAGGAAUUGCUAGAAUUUCACUAUGAGAAGCUGCAUAGUGGCCAGAUGCUUUGAAUGCAGCAGAAUUUCUACAUUAUUUAUUUCAAAAUUCCCAAUACUGGGAGGAGAAGGAAGGGAAAAACAGAUUAAUCUGGAACAGUUUAAGAAAUUUUGAUUGAAAAAUAAAAAUCUUUCCUUUUCCCUUGUAUUCUCUUGUUGGCAUAAAAGCAUAAAGGCUUUUAAAAUGCUCAAAAUGAAAAAGUGAAACAGACAAAAAUUUUCAAGCCAGAUGCUUUCCACAUUAUCAGAAUAUCUUAUACUGUUUAUCCUAUCAAAUAUUUUUGUGAAAUCACUGUGAUUUCACAGAGUGUUCCUGUUUAGAUGGAACUAUGCAUUCUCUGGUGGAAAAUGGUUCUAACAAAGUUUUCCAGUCCUCUCUGCAGAGACUGCAAGGUUAUUACACUUUUACAAGUUGCACACCAUGGAAGCUUUACCACGCAAAGGAGAGAAGCAGCACUGAAGACUGUUCAUUGUGCAACCGUAACUCUGCUUUCCACGUAUCAAGCCUCUGUGCAUGUCUGCUUGAGUCCAACAGUGGCUGUAGUGGUUGCAGUUGUGGGCUGAGUAUUGGACAGGAUGACACCAAAAGUCAAACCAAACAGCCCCAUGUAAAAUCUGUUUACAAGAUUAUUGCCUUAGUUCAGCUAUACUACCAUUAGAUUUAUACAGAGCUGGUCAUAUAACCAAAGGCCAUAUCUCUGAUUGAUAACUGGG